AAAACAUUUGCGGAGUGUAAAUACUCUUGAUGCUGUGACCAUGUUGGCCACCCCAGGGCGUUCCCCUCGCCACUUGGAGCAACCAUCCCCAGCUUCAAGGCGUACCACCGAGUACAAUGAGAUUCAUGGAGGUGCGGUGGCGCGAAUACCAGAGUCUCUGGGGGGGCCUCCUCGCAAACGGCCUAGAAAGCAGCAAGUGCUGGAUGAGGAUACCUAUGUGGCUGCCAUCGAGCGGAUAAUCGAGAGAGACUUCUUCCCUGACAACUCCAAGCUGCAAAACCGGUUGGACUGGUUGGAAGCAGUGCGCAGCGGAGACCCCGACAAGAUCCGCAGCGUGCAGAUGACCAUUGUGCGCCAAAGGGCAGAACGCGCAGCGGCAGGCGUCACGCCAUCACUGGCAGGUGUCACUCCAGGGGGUCCUCUCGCCACUCCCGCUAGUAUGCUGGGGGCCGCCAGCCCUGCCUUCUCUGUGCGCUCGCAUGCUCCCUCCACCGGUGCUGCCCCCCAAACAGGAGAGUCAGACGAGGGGCCAGACGUGGCUCUGUCGCUGGACCAGUUCCUGCGUGUCUACACCAGUGAGGACAAUGCUUCGUUCUCGGAGAUCUUGGAGAAAGUGAACCGCAAGCGGGCAGUCAAGAGUGCACACCUGCGGGAGGGCGAGCAGGGAAAGCAGCCCCGGCUGACAGAGCACGGAGAGGCGGCGCUGGAAGGGGGGCCCACCAGAGCGGCUGAACCCACGGACGGGUUUGGGACUUCUAACCAGCCAACGGACCGGCUGGAGCUGUGGCCAUACCAACCAGCAAAUGCCCUCUACUACUUUGGGAACGACGCCCCGCUCUCUGAAAGUGAGCUGGCUGAGAGGACCAAGGGGCCCCCCAAGGCAAUCAACCGUGGCGCAACUCGCUUCCACGGCAACGUUUUUGAGAAGAGCAAGCCGCAGGAGACGGUCAUCCUGUACGAACCGGUGUCGGAGACGCCAACGGGAGAUGCACUCUUGCAGCGCGAGGUUGAUGCAAUAAAAAAGUCGUACACACAAGGGGGGAGGGAGCCGGGGGGCUCCUAUAGCUAUGUCGCGACCCCGUCGCCGGCGCCUGGGGUGGACGCUUCGCCUUUCAUGACGUGGGGAGACAUUGAGGGUACCCCUCUCCGGCUGGAAGCAGAAGAUACCCCGGUGAGCAUCGGGGGCGGAGAGGGGCCCCUCUUCAAGAUGCCAGCGCCGCCUGCUCGUGAUCGGCAAGCCCAUCAGAUGUCAAGGAAAGCCGCUAGCAACCUCCGGGCCCGGCAAGACAUUCAGGCAGGGAGGACUCCGAGAGCCUCCUCGGGGGCGGCAAGCCCCGCAAUGGGAGCGUUAUCGGCAGCUGGGCAGAAGCUGGUCAACAAGGCGUUGGGGAAAAGCAGCAAGGACAUAGAUGUGGGCCUAAGACAAAGCUACAGAGCUAGCCCAGCCAGGAGUAAAGCAUUGGCCACACCAAUGACGCGUGGUGGUAGUGCCACGCCGUACGUGGGCUCUCAUAGGGCUCCCUCGUUAAGUCCGUUCGCAUCCAAAGGGGAUGCAUUAGAAGAUCCCAAAUGAUGGUUUCUUCCAAGUUACGCAGGACUACGGAGCGCAGGCAAUAGUAGCGCUCCAUUGGUGGGCCGGAACACCUCCAAGCGGGACUCAAAAUGUAGGCCUAUUUCAGGAUUUCCUCAUAGAUGCCUGGGCCCGCUUUCAACAACUUACCAAAAGGUUGCUAGGCAUGUCAUGGUUGCAUGCAGCAUCACUGAAGCCUGCUCUUAAUAAUUGCAUGUAUUGGAU